CAUUGGCCACAGCCAUGAGGGCAGCGGAAGAGGCGGGGCGAGGCAGGAGGCGCAUGCGCGUUGGCGCGGUGACGCACUGUGCGUGCUGUGCGCGUUGACGUUGCGCGGCGGCGACGGCGCCUCUGAGUGCAGCUGCGGCGGGAUCUCCAAGGCUCUCCCUGCGCACCGACGCCGAGACCCGGCCGCAGCCCUCGGGGCCUCCAGCCCAACCCAUGCCCACGCCAGCCCCGGGGGCCACCGGGAGCAGCUCCAGGCCCCCUCGCGGCCCCCGCGCUGCCGCCAUGUGAGGGGGGGGGCACGGCCGGGCCCGAGUCUUCCCCCCUCCCCCCUGCCGCUGCCCCCCACUCGCCAUGAUGUUCCGGGACCAGGUGGGGAUCGUGGCCGGGUGGUUCAAGGGCUGGAAUGAGUGCGAGCAAACUGUGGCGCUGCUUUCGCUGCUGAAGCGCGUCACCCGCACCCAGGCACGCUUCCUGCAGCUCUGCCUCGAGCACUCCUUGGCCGACUGCGCUGACAUCCACCUCCUCGAGGCUGAGGCCAAUAGUGCCGCUGCCAUCAGUCAGUGGCCGCAGGAGCCAGCAGAGGCAGCAGUGGCUCUGCUGCUGGCCCACCUACCCCUGUUGCAGCCGGGCAAUGCAGCUGCCAAGGCUGAAUACAUGAAGCGGCUGCAGAAGGUGCUGGCCUAUGCCAUCGAGAGCAACCGGUGCGUGGAGGAGAGCCGGCAGCUCCUCUCGUAUGCCCUCAUCCACCCUGCCACCACCCUGGAUGACCGCAGUGCACUGGCCCUGUGGCUGGGCCACCUGGAGGAGCGUUUGGCCGGAGCCCCACAGCCGCCACGUCCCCCUCCUCGCUCUGAUGCUGCACCCACCCCACCCCGCCGUGCCCCCCACGACUGGCCUGAGCAUGGACCCCCUGAGAUUGGGCCCCCCUGGCCUGAGGCAGCUCCCCGGGAAAAUGGCCACCCCCCCUUUCACCCUCCCAGCAGUGGCAAUGGCCUGGGGGGCACAGUGCUGCCCUGCCAGCUGCACCCCAGCCCACUGAAGCGUUCCCUGUCGCUGGUGCCUGGCAGCCCCCAGGGGGGCAGCGGUGAAUGGCCAGGGGGGGGCGAGGAGCCAGGGCCCCCUCGCACCCCCUUCGGCGACCACGCGCCCCUCUCACCCCAGAGCAGCGUGGCCUCCUCGGGCAGUGAGCAGACCGAGGAGCCCACCGGUGGCCGCAACACCUUUCAGGAGGAUGGCAGCGGCAUGAAAG